AAAAAAAAAAAUUUUUUUCCCUUUUCCCUCUUGUUAUUUCUAUCGUUCUUUCCUUCUUUUUUUUUUGUAUUUUUUUGUAUUGUAUUUUUUUGAUAUAAAGAUAUUAUGGCAGAAGAUAUUAAGCGAAAAAUCAAAUUUGAUGAGUUGAAAAAGAGAUACAGAGAAGUGGAAGAGGAAAAUGAACUUCUUCAGGCAAAACUGCGUCAGGCAAGAAAGAAUAUUAAACGACUUAGACUGGAAAAAACUAUUUUAUUAGAAAGGAUAGAUAAAGGUUAUAAUCAUGCUGAUAAUCACAGUGAUUCUGAUACAAGCUUAGAUAUAUUAACAAAUAAUGAUUUCAUGGACAUGAAGCAUAAUUUCACUUUAUCAAACAAACAUAAACAUAAUAAUCAUUUUGGCAAGAAUAAUAAUACAGCGACUACUAUCAUUAAGCCUCCUAAAAAGAAGAAAGAUCCAAAUGCACCUAAAGGCCCUGGUAACGUCUUUUUUCUUUUCUGUAGAAUGGAAAGAGAGAAAAUCAAGGAUGAAAAUCCUGAAGAGAAUCUUGGUGAUGUUACUAAACUUUUAAGUCUCAAAUGGAAAAGUUUAUCUAAAGAAGAUAAACAGAUUUAUUAUGAUACUUUUAAAAAAGAAAUGGAGGAAUAUGAAGAAGCUAUGAAGACUUAUAAAAGUAAUAUUAAUAAUGAUAAUAAUAAUUUAAAUGCAUCGGAUGAAAAUAGUCAAAGAAGAAGUCAGUCAGUUGACCCUAUUGCAACAGAGGAUUCAAUCAAAGCAGAAGAAUCUCUCGCUUCUUCAUCUGUUAUUACAUCCCCAGAAGAUUCUUCCACUUUAAAUUUACCUCAAGAAAAUGAAUUAUUGUAUCAAAAUAAUCCUUCUACUAUCCAGUCUGAAUAUCCUAUCAUUAUUGAAAACUCGUUUGAAAAAUCAGCAACACCACAACAAUCUUUAUAAACGUAUUCACAAAAUUGUUGCUAUCUAUCUGUACUGAUUAUCUAUUUUACAUACUUUACUUCUAUAUAUUGUCUCUAAUAAAAUGGCUAUAGCUUUAGAAUUCCAUAAGGAAAUAUUUUUAAUUUA